CUACGUGUCUCCCCAGCUGUUGUCGUUGAAUCUGCUAUUGUGCUGAACCAAUUCUACUUCACAUCUUUCCCCACCGAGGAAACGCAAGCUUAUCGUAUGUCAGCUAUCCAGAACCUCCAACCUUUCGACCCAUUUGCUAAUGCUAGUACCGGCGGCAUCUGGCUCCCAGCUGGGUCAGAGGAUUCCAUCCAUAUAAGAAUACAGCAAAGGAACGGCAGGAAAACCCUCACCACCGUACAGGGCAUAGCCGAUGCCUAUGAUAAGAAGAAACUAGUGAAGGCCUUUAAAAAGAAAUUUGCCUGCAAUGGUACCGUGGUUGAACACCCAGAAUACGGAGAGGUGAUCCAGCUGCAGGGAGACCAGCGCAAAAAUGCCUGCCAGUUUCUAACUGAGGUUGGGCUGGCAAAGGAAGACCAGUUGAAGGUCCAUGGAUUUUAACGUCUGAGUAUUUGGAAUUGAACACACGGCUCCCUGCUGCAGUGUGUAGUUGCCUCCGGCUCCCUUAUCACAAGCUUAUUCUCCAGUCACUCCUUUUAUAUGAGAAAUAACUGUUUUAUGGACAAAUUGUGGGCGCACAGUGUGUGGUUAUAAGCCUGAGAAUGUCUGUACAGCUGCCUGCCCCUACAGGGGCAAUGCUUUCCCAUUGCUGCCACAGACCCACCGUAACUAAGUAUGACUUCUAUACACACCAGACUGGGGAGGUAAGAUGAGGCUAAAUCUUGCUUUCCUGGUUAUGGCUUACAGUAAAGAUGGCUAAUAUUGUGCUGGCCAAAGCAGCAGGAGGUGGCCCAUUGAGACUUCAGUCCCCAGUAAUGUCCAGUAUGAAGUGGCUGUUCAGUAUUAAACUUAUGACAAGGGAACUGCUGGGCUAUAACAUUGUUUUAUGGUGAGAGCCCAAUGCAAUUUUAAUGCACUGAGAAACCAAGCUUUGACUUUUUAAAUGUACAUUUGUAACGGUAUUUAAUAAACCUGUUUAACUCAA